CGUUCCACCAAACGGGCCCCUUUCCCCCUCUUCUCCCUCCCCUCCUCCCCUUCGUCCUCUCUGUUCUUGUUAAUAGCGCUCGUAAUCCCGUCACUAUCGCUAGUCCCCCCGCCCCACAUCCUCUCCCUGUAAAGAUUUCGUUCUUUCAUCCUUUUGGAUUUCCGAUCCCGUUCUCGGUCCCCGUUUUGAUUUUGCUUGUGAAAAAAAAUCUCGUCUUUGUUGCAAUCUGCAGUAGUAGCGGGGAGGGAGGAGGGAGUUUGUGCAGAGUUUGUUUUCCCUCUUUUUUUGUUCUUUUUUGAUCCGGAAGCGGAGUUCUUGUAGUGGUUACUUGCCACUAAAUAAUCGCGCUUGGAUUGCGUUCUCCGGCUCCGCUCCAAUCCAAUUUGUGUCGCUGGAGGAGGGAUUCGGGGGCGGAAGGCACUGUUCUGUGCUUCCUUGGAUUCCACGGCAAAGCCCGGCUGCGAGGUUGGCGUCCCUCUCGGUCGCAUUCCGCCGGUUGCCAAGGGGCCGGGCUGCGGGAAGAUGGUGUCGCAGGCGCCCAUGGCGGGGGCCAACCUCACGGCGGCGCUGUGCAAGAAGAGCAACCGCGUCGCGCGGGUGCUCGCGUACGCGCUGCUGGAGUGGAUCCUCAUCGCGUUGCUCCUCGCCAACGGCGUCUUCUCGUACCUCAUCUCCAGGUUCGCCGCCUUCUUCGGCCUCGCGCCGCCCUGCGCGCUCUGCUCCCGCCUCGGCGUCGACAGCCUCUUCGAGCGCCACGCGCACCGUGGCGUCGGCGGCGCCGAGCCUCUGCGCCGCGUGCUGUGCGACGCGCACGCCGCCGAGCUGUCGUGCCUCGGCUACUGCAGCGCGCACCGCCGGCUCGCGGACGCCGGGGACAUGUGCGAGGACUGCGCCGCGGCCGCGGCGCCCGGGAAGGCGCUGCUCUCGUGGAUGGGCCGGAGCGAGCUCGGCGAGCGGGACCUCGCCUGCGCCUGCUGCGGCGUCGCGCUCGAGAGCGGCUUCUACUCGCCGCCCUUCUUGCUCCCCACGCCGGCGAAGGGUGGCACAGAUUGCGGCAACAAGGAAGAGGAAGAGGCGGCGAGGCUAAAUGGAGACGUUGUCUUUGUGUCCGAGGAAGGCCCUGUGAUCGAGCUCUUUGACGAGAAACCAUUGCUGGGGGAUGACUCAAUCAGUGUCUUGGCUCACGGUCCUGAGAUUGUUGCCAAUGUCGAGCGUCUGGUGCCUCUUGAAUCCAUUGACUCAUUGGCUGUGGACAUGGGUGCAGUGUCAUCCCAAUCUGGUGUUGAGAGGAAGGAAGCGGUUGAUCAUGUAAGGCAGGACAACGUGGUCAUGGAGAACAUGGUUAAUGCCAAUGAGGAGAAAAUUGUGAUGACAAAUGAUGAUGACAAGGGGGAUGGUGUGGUUGAUCGGCUGAUUGAUGAGCAGAUUGCUGACAUAGCCCUUGUGCCAGCUUGUAUGGAAGGUACGUUUGAUGAUGUGAUAAAUGCAGGCAAAACUGUUGAGGGCUUUGCUGAGCAGUCUCCUGAGGAGGACAGUGGAUUGAAAGAUAAGGAUAUGGAAAUAUCAGUUGAGGAUGAGAUAUCUGAGGAUGAUCAAGUUAAAAAGGUGUAUACUAUGCUAAGUGACACCAGUGACCAUGAAUUUGUUGAGAAGUUAGACAGAAGUAUCGAGGUGGAGCAUUUUCAACAGGCUGAGUUAAAGCAAAAAUUGAACUUGAUGACAAUGGUAGCUUCUGCGUAUGUCGCUGUAACUCAGCCUGAGGAGAAGCAGGUUCACCAAGCUGAGGUGAAUCAGGAGUUGGGUUCAAUACCAAUACAGCCAAGGGAGCAUUCUGGUGAAGAACUUGAAGGAGAGAGAGCUGCACAGGCUGGGCUGGAACAAGAGUGUGACUCUAUGCCAAUUGAUUCUGGGGAACAUGCUUGCAUGACUUCAUAUGCUUGUACUGAUGAUGAGCAGGUUGAGAUGAAGCAGAAAGUCACUUUAGCUGCAGCAGAUGUUCCGGAGUUUCCAGCAGACACUUUUAAUGAUGACACAAACGCAUGGAAAGAAGAUAUUGAAGAGGAUCCAACUGAAGCUGCUCUAACAAGCAUACACGAACCUUUGACAAGCUUAGACAAGUUCUCUCCCAAUCAUACUGUUACCGAAGAAGAGAGAGACCCUGAGACGCCAACUCAUAUUGAAGGUAUAUGUGAUUCACAGGAAUUGUUGGAUUCUAAAGCAGCUGUUUCUGAUGCUAAAUCCGUAGAUUCAAGUGUUGCUACUAUGACUACUGAUCUGGAAAGCACUGAAUUCGUUAGUGUCGAUCAACUAAAAUCUGCCUUGGCAUCUGCACGCAAGUCAUUGAACAGCCUAUAUGCUGAACUUGAAAAUGAGAGGAACGCUGCUGCUAUAGCUGCUGAUGAAACCAUGGCAAUGAUAAACCGCUUGCAAGAACAGAAAGCUGCAAUGCAGAUGGAGGCGAUCCAGUACCAGCGGCUUAUGGAGGAACAGUCAGAGUAUGAUCAAGAAGCACUGCAGAGGCUGAAUGAACUAGUUGUAAAGAGAGAGAAGGAGAAGCAAGAUCUGGAAAGAGAACUCGAGCUGUAUCGCCACAAGGUUCAUCUCUAUGAGGCAAAGGUGAGAAAAAUGUCCAGGCACAAGGCUGAUGACCAGAAUGGGUCAUCGUCAGCUUCAUCAAGUGCUGAGGACAGUGAUGACCUUUCGCAAAGUUUCUAUGAAGGCGAUGAAUCUGCCCAUGGUCUUAAUGGAAGCAAUGGGAGUAUUCCUACAGAUGUUGUUCUACAAGAAACUGCCAGGCAUCUGGUUACCCUUGAUGGCUCACUAGCUGAUUUUGAGGAAGAGAGACUCUCCAUUCUGGAACAACUUAAAGUGCUAGAGGAUAAACUUUUUGACCUUGAUGAUGAAGAAUCCAAUAACAUGAAGACAGACAAGCAUUUCUCAGAAGAACACCAUUUAAGCGGUGCCUCAAAUGGUUUCUCUGAUGAUGAAAGCUGCUUUAAACUUCAUGACAAAAGAAAAAGUGUAACAUGUAGAGGAAAGAAGCUUCUGCCACUGUUUGACGACGCUACUGUGGGAGCUAGAAAUAUCGUUCUAACUAAGCAAGGUGAUGAGGCAGAUCAUUCAACAGAAGUCACAUUGGACCUUGCUCGAGAGCAAGAUAAACUUGCAAUCGCCCAUGAGAUUGAUCAAGUCCAUGAAAGGCUGCAUGCUCUUGAGGCAGAUAGGGAAUAUAUAAAACAGUGUGUGAGAUCUUUGAAAAAGGGAGGCAAAGGGUUUGAUCUUCUUCAGGAGAUCUUACAGCAUCUUCGAGACCUGAGAAGGAUUGAGCAACGUGCAAGGAACUCUGGGGAGCUUUCACCCCACUAUCUGCAUCUUUACACGGACUAAAGAUCAGCUGCAGGCCCUGUGCUCAUGUCCGACCGACCAAUAUAGCUCGAAGACGGAAAGCAUACAACACGGUAAGAAAAAAAGGGAUUGCCGACUAACUAGUAUUGUCAUUGGAGAAAUUUGGUUCAUUCCCGGAGAGAAAGGAGCUCCUCCAGGAAACACCAUCACAGUUGGUUCAGCGACGCCAUCCGGAAGGCAGAUCAUGGAGCAAUCCUGCCUUCCAAGGUCCAGGGUUUUUUGUGGACCACUUUGCACGUUCUCUCUUUGUUUUUGUUGGUUUAAGUUUUCCCGGGUAGGGGGGGCUUCCAAACUUUUGCCUAAGGGCAAGAGGUUGGUUGGUGAGCUGCCCUGGGCCAUGGGGUGUGUUUGUGGGGUUGUGGCGGCAAUCAUGGCCUUGUGCAAGCUUUGGAAUUCAUUCAUUAGCACGAAAACAUGCCGCUGGCAGCUUUGCUGCCAGGUAUAGAGUGAGUAUAAAAAGAGGUAGUCCCAGCGGGCUUCACUAGUUUUUGUUUCUUUUUUUCCGUCUAAAUUCUUUUCCUGUAAAUCCUCUAGCUGUAUGUAAUGCGCUUUCGGCUUAUGGAAUGGUGACGAGGUGUUGGGUGUGUGUGCAGAGCAUAAUUGCUGUUUGAUGAGAGCAUAGCUGUGCGCCUGUGCCGGCGGCCUUUUCCGUUCGUUUCUUUUCUCCUUUA